GCAGCGUCGGUGUGUCGCAGAUUCAAAAAAGUGAGGCAGGAGGAGGAGAGCGGCUGGAGUUGUCGCUGCGCGGAAAAUACCCAGAGCUCCGCGCACUUUCUACAGACGUCCAUUUGUGGAGCAGCUCGUUUAUUUAUUUGUACUCGUUUGUUCUCCGCACGGUGAGGAGGCGCAAGCGGAGGAAUCCUUCCUGCGUGGAAGGAGCGAGGCAGCGCGAGGCGAUGGAGCUCUCAUCGAUAGGGGACCAGGUGUUCGCGGUGGAGUCGAUAACGAAGAAGAGAGUGAGAAAGGGUCAUGUGGAGUAUCUACUGAAGUGGCAGGGAUGGCCCCCAGAGUACAGCACUUGGGAACCAGAAGACAACAUUCUGGACCCGCUCCUGGUCCUGGCUUACGAAGAGAAUCAGGAGAAGGUCAGAUCUUUGGCCUAUCGCAAGAAAGGUCUCCGGCCCAGGAAGCUCGUCCUGCGGAACAUCUUCUCCAUGGACCUCCGCAGCGCCCACAAGGAUGAGGAGAAGCCCCCGCCUCGCCUGCGGCUCUCCCUCACCAGGUCCAUGAGCACGGACGUCGAACAGGCGAUCCGCCGCCCGUCCAGGAGGAGGAACCGGUUCAGGCUGACCAAAGCGGGACUGAGACGCACUUCCAACAAACAGAUCCUUCAGCAGGAGCAGCAGAACGUGGACUCUGUGCAGAAGGACUGGGGGGGCACCAGUGAGGAGGACAAGCCGGAGUGUGAAAGCGCCGCAGAGGAGAGAUGUGAAGACAGUUGCUGGGGUCAUUCAGAGUGCAGCUCGCCCCCCCUCCUGGAGCGGCAGGACCUGCACGUGGAGGAGAGGGUGGACCAACAAACCGAGGCGUGGACCGACAGCCCAGACGGAGCCCCGUCUGAAACCAGUCGAAAGCCCGAGCAGUCCAAGGACAGCACGUCUGUGUGUGAGGACACACCGGGGGAGGAAUGUGAGAAAGAGGCGAGGUGGGGGGGCAGCCCCCGCGAGAGGAGCAACACGACUUCAGUCAUAAUGAGGGUCCAGGGGAGCAGCAACGUCUGCUCCAGCGUCGAGCCGCAGAGGGAGCGAGCUGACAAUCGGGGCGUUGCCGUAGCGAUGUCAAUCCUCCCCGCCGAAGCGGAGCGUCCCGGGACGGUGAUCGUGACGAACGUGACGGUCAACUCUCUGACGGUGACGUUCACAGAAGCCAGGGGGGCCGAAGGCUUCUUCAAGACCUGCUGAGAAGGAGCCCCACAGAUGGAGACCACCAUAAUUCGACUCGCCACUCAUUUUAAACAAAUAGUCGCGCGUGUGUGAGAUCCUUCCACUUGUUUACAAAACUACAAUCACUUCCUGCUGAGUUCAGAAGAGACUACAGGCUUGAAGUGAGUGGGGAUUUUAUUAUCGUGGCUCAUUUACUGAUGGGAAAGUCCGACGCGUCUCCAGGUGCUCGGGUUACUCUGGAGCCGAGUUGAUGGAUCGGAUCUCGGCGCAGGUUGUAGUUGCGUGGACCUCCAGGUUCACCGAGCGCGAGACGAUUAAUCCACGUAAAUCCUUGGAUGCAGCUAUUGUUCCACUCGUCCUCAGUGCUUUCCAGCAGCACGCAGGUCUCAGAUCUGUGCUCGUCAGAGGGGCCCCGUUUCAGCCGCUCCAUUUUCUUACUGUCUGUUUUUUUGUAAAACGUGGCUCUCGCUUACCGCAUGCCCCGUCAGACUGUGCCACACAAAGACCCCUCCUGCGGUUUAUUUCUGUAACAAAAGGAAAUGGAACAAAGACUGCGGCUGAACGCCUCGCGCUCAGAGGAAGUUCUGCAUUUCAAAGUGGAUGGAUCCAGGAAAAAAUAAAUAAAUAGAAGCGCGCCGUUUUGUUUGCCGUCCGUCUGUCCUUUAAGUAUGAAACGCUUCCUGGUUCUAUUUUUGUAUUACCGAUUGAUAGUCUACUCUUUUCAGUAGCUUUUGUGUAUAUCAGAGAGAAGAUGUCAAGUUUGCAUCGCUGCUGCCUUUUUUUAAUUUGAUUGUUUUUGCAGUGUUCGUAUCGUUCAGAUGUACUUCAGAUCAAACUGUAGUGAGCUAUUAUUUAUUGCAUGUCACUUGCAUAAACUAACUUAAUGUGUCCUCAUGAACUUCUCUCCAACAAAGAUGGAUUGUCAAUCAUGUCUUUUAUCAAGAAAAAUGAAAUUUGACUGCAUUUUCAAUAAAUGUGUACUGAAACAAAAA